AUGAGCAGAGUUGAGUCACCUAAACCCUCUAGAGAUACAGUGAACAGAGUUGAGUCUCCAGAAUCUUUCAGGGAGACUACAAGAGGAAGAGAGCUCCAUAAGUCACCAAUUGACAUCAUAAACCAAAGGCCAAAACCCCUCACAGACACUGUUAACUGCACUGAACCCUCACACACACUCAUUGAUGCUAUGAACCCUAUUGAACACUCAAAGCCCUUCCUAGAUACAGUAAGCCAUAUAGAACAGCCCAAACCACUCACAGAAUCAGUGGGUCAUAUUGAACGACCCAAGCCACUCACAGAGUCUAUGGGUCAUAUUGAGCGCCCCAAACCACUCACAGAUACAAUAAGUCACAUUGAGCAGCCAAAGUCACUCAUGGGUGUCAUGGGUCAUAUUGAGCGGCCCAAGCCACUCACGGAUGCCAUGGGUCUUAUUGAGCGGUCCAAGUCACUCAUAGAUGCCAUAGGUCAUAUUGAGCGGCCCAAGCCACUCACGGAUACCAUGGGUCUUACUGAGCGGCCCAAGCCACUCAUAGAUACUAUGGGUCAUAUUGAGCGGCCCAAGCCACUCAUAGAUACUAUGGGUCAUAUUGAGCGGCCCAAGCCACUCACAGACACAAUGAGUCAUAUUGAACGACCCAAGCUGCUUUCAAAUACUAUAAGCCAUAUUGAACGGCCCAAACCCCUCAUAGAUACAAUAAGCCAUAUUGAACGUCCCAAACCACUCAUAGAUACAAUAAGCCAUAUUGAACGUCCCAAACCACUCAUAGAUACAAUAAGCCAUAUUGAACGUCCCAAACCACUUAUAGAUACAAUAAGCCAUAUUGAACGGCCCAAAACGCUUCUAGAUACAUUAAGCCACAUUGAACGACCCAAACCACUUAUAGAUACAAUGAGUCAAGUUGAACAUUCACACCCCAUCACAGACACUGUUAACCAUAGAGAAUGUUCACAAUCACUCCUUGACACUAUGAGUCAUAUUGAGCACUCCAACAAGCCCUUUAUAAGCACCAUGAGCCAUAUUGAAAGACAGCAGUCUCUUACAAACACGACAAGCAGUCAUAUUGAGCACUCACAAACUCUUAUUGACUCCAUUGGUCAUGUUGAGCGUCUUAAAUCCCUUGCUGCUUCCACUACUACCACUACCAGCCACAUUGAACACUCCCAGCCUCUUAUAGAUACCAUGUGUCAUGUGGAGCGGUCAAAACCCUUUUUGGAUACUAUGGGGCAUGUUGAACACUCAAAACCCUUCCUAGAUACCAUGAGCCACAUUGAACACCCAAAACCGUUUAUGGAUACACUAAACCCUCCUCACCGCCCAAAUCCAUUCAUGAUGUCUACAAGUUCCAUUGAACGUCCCAAAACUCUUAUGGACACCAUUAAUCCUACCACUCACCCUAACCCCUUCAUGGAGUCUACCUAUCCUACUAACCGCCCACAUCCAUCAAUGGAACCUGCUUAUUCCAGUAUCCGGCAUAAUCUGUCCAUGGAUCCAGCAUAUCCCAGUAUUCACCACAAUCCACACAUGGAUUCCACUUACCCAUCUAACCGUCACAAUCCACCAAUGGAUUCCCGAUACCAGAUAAACCAUCCUAAUGUCCCCAUGGAUGCUCCAAAUCCCAAUGAGCGUCCCAAACCACUGAUAGAUACAUACACAACUUCACAUUCAUUUUAA